CACCGGCAUCAUAUCGUCCGCCGUUGGUUCGACCUUUUCCGCCGGACCGCCAUCGUCUUGUUUCUCUUGCCUCCGAUCUCGCCCUAGCCUCUUCCGCCUUCACCAAUCGCCCAGUCUGGCACCAUGGCUCCUCUCUCAGGAGUAGAGGUGUCCAAGCACGACAGCAAGGAGUCUUGCUGGGUCGUCGUCCAUGGCAAGGCAUACGAUGUGACGGAAUUUCUGCCAGAACAUCCCGGCGGCAUGAAGAUCAUCCUCAAGUAUGCCGGUAAGGACGCCACCGCCGAGUACGAGCCCAUCCACCCUCCAGACACGCUCGACAAGUACCUCGACAAGUCGAAGCACCUUGGUCCCGUCGACAUGUCCACCGUUGCAAAGGUCGAGGAGGAAUUCGAUCCGGAUGAGGAGGCCCGCCUCCAGCGCGUCAAGGACAAGCCUUUGCUCGAGCAGUGCUACAACCUCAUGGACUUUGAGGCCGUUGCCAAGAACACAAUGAAGCGCGGCGCUUGGGGUUAUUAUUCGAGUGCUGCGGAUGAUGAGAUUACCAUGCGUGAAAAUCACGAGGCCUACCACAGGAUAUGGUUCCGCCCCAAGAUCCUCGUCGAUGUGAAGACAGUCGACUUCUCGACGACUAUGCUGGGCACAAAAGUUGAUAUUCCAUUCUACGUGACCGCCACUGCUCUGGGAAAGCUUGGUCACCCGGAGGGCGAGGUCGUCCUAACGAGGGCCGCUAGGAAGCACAAUGUCAUUCAAAUGAUCCCAACCCUUGCGUCAUGCUCAUUCGACGAGAUCAUGGACGCUGCCGAAGGCGACCAGGUGCAGUGGAUGCAGCUAUAUGUCAACCAGGACCGUGAGAUCACCAAGCGCAUCGUGCAGCACGCCGAGAAGCGUGGAUGCAAGGGUCUCUUUAUCACAGUUGAUGCGCCCCAGCUUGGCCGCCGUGAGAAGGACAUGCGUGCCAAAUUCACCGAUCAGGGAACCAACGUCCAGCAAGGACAGUCCACCGACAAUUCACAGGGUGCGGCGCGCGCCAUUUCGUCCUUCAUCGACCCCGCCCUAUCCUGGAAGGACAUUCCAUGGUUCAAGUCCAUUACCAAGAUGCCCAUCAUUCUCAAGGGCGUGCAGCGUGUCGAGGAUGUUCUCAAGGCUGUCGAGUACGGCUGCGAGGGUGUUGUCCUGUCCAACCACGGCGGACGGCAGCUCGAGUUCGCCCCCUCUGCGGUCGAGGUACUCGCUGAAGUCAUGCCAGUCCUGCGUCAGCUCGGCCUGGAGAACAAGAUCGAGGUCUACGUCGACGGUGGCGUCCGGCGAGGCACAGACAUCCUCAAGGCGCUUUGCCUAGGCGCUAAGGGCGUGGGCAUCGGCAGGCCAUUCCUCUACGCCAUGUCCGGCUACGGCUUUGACGGCGUGGAUCGUGCAAUGGCGCUUCUGAAGGACGAGAUGGAGAUGAACAUGCGCCUCAUUGGCUGCACGAGUAUCGACCAGCUCAACCCUUCUCUCGUUGAUACGAGGAACAUCCACGCUCACGUCACUAGCGUGCCUACAGAUCAUCUGGGUCGCAAGGUGUACGAUACUCUGGCAACGCCUGCGUGGAAGGAGCCGAAGGCUAAGCUGUAGAUGCCUCCCUUAUCUUCACGUCAUAAUUUUCGUCAUACAUGUCCGUUGGAUAUCAGCGUGCGAGUAGACAGAUAAUCGAUAGCAAUGUAUACACAGAGAACAGUUUGUAGGGACAGCUCCCCAUGAAAGCACACAUACACAGGCGUGCCUUGCCCCGGCCGAUCUCCGUUUGCUAAAUUGUGAGGUUAGAGACAGAAGAGAUCACAAGCAGGAUGCUAGAUGCCACACAUGCGCGCGCACGGGAGGGGAAAGACUA